AUGGUGGCCGUCGGCACGGCGGGCGGCGCGGCGCACGUGCUGCGGCUGUCGGCGGGGCUGGCUGAGGCGGUGCAGAAUGAGAAGCAGGGGGUCAACGCGAUGCUGGAGCGGGAGACGCUGAGGGAGAAGAACCUGGACAAGGCGGCCAAGGAGGCCAAGAUCAAGGCGCGGCGCGAGGCGGCGCGCGCGGCAGAUCUAGGGGCGGGGGUCAGCGACCAGGAUCUCGCGGAUCUCGAGGACGAGUUCUGGCGGGCCACGGGCGUGGAGGGCGGCGCGCGGCUGAGGCUGCUCGGAAGCCUGGCGGGCGGCGAGGGCGGCGGCGGCGGCGCGGAAGCAGGGGAGGCAAGGGCGGCGGCAGCUGGGGAGGCGGCGGACGGCGACGGAUCGGGGGGAGUGGGGGCAGAGUAG